AUGGAGGAGGCAACAAGAACAACACCAGACCUUGCUUUACCUGACUCAACACCUUUCAUUUAUGAACCAAAAAUAUGUGACCCUAUCAUUGAGUUGCCAGCAUCACCAUCAGCAUCACCACCAGCAUCACCAAGAGGAUAUGAUGUAAAUAAUGAUGAAGAGUUUUGCAAUGACAUUGAAGAUAUGCCAUUAUGCACACACAACGAAGAACCAGAUUAUUCUCCAGAAUCAACAGCUAUAGUUGUAUUUAAUGCAAAUACCAACAUUCCUUUGCCAAAGAUGAAAGAUGUUAGUCGCUUAAAGACUGAACGUCUGGUUUAUGUGCUUCCUGAUAAACAUCCUUUGUUAUCUGAGUGUACUCCACGGGAAGUAGACGAUCCUUCUCCAUACCUUCUGAUCGUAUGGACUAAAGGUGAAUUAGAAAAUUCAUGUGAAUCAAACGUGGAAAAGGAAGAAGUGGAAGAAAAUAGGUUAACAGUACCUGGAACUCUUUCGAUACCAUGUCGAACUGCAAUGAGGGGACGUUUUCCUCUUAAUGGAACAUACUUUCAAGUUAACGAGGUUUUUGUUGAUUAUGCUUCCAUGAUACAUCCCAUGAAUGUUCCAAGAAAAUGGUUAUGGAAUUUGGAAAAACGAAUAGUAUAUAUUGGGACCACUGUAUCAUCAAUCAUGAGAGGUAAAUGA